UAAGUCCUCUGCUCAACCUGUUGUCCACACUGCGAUCUCUAUCUUUUAGAAGGCUUUUCAAAGCCACACCAGCAUUUGUUGCAGGAUCUACAUACCUCACCCGAUCCGCAAACAUGGCACCGACAACUACCACCAACGGCGCGAAUGGAACAAACGGCACUGUGCAGAAGAGCUCGAAAUUGCACUCGAAAGUGGUCAUCAUCGGCUCAGGACCCGCAGGGCAUACCGCAGCCAUUUACCUAGCGCGUGCAAACUUGAACCCUGUGCUUUUCGAGGGUUUCAUGGCAAAUGGCUUCGCCGCAGGCGGCCAGCUCACCACAACCACCGAGAGUGAGAAUUUUCCGGGUUUCCCAAAUGGCAUAUUGGGGCCUGAGCUGAUGGACAAGUUCCGCGCCCAGUCUCUGCGCUUCGGCACCAAUAUCAUCACCGAGACGGUCUCCAAGGUCGACCUCUCUGCAAGGCCGUUCCGAUACUGGCGCGAAUUCCAGGAGGAUCAGGCGCCUGAGACAGCGGAUGCGCUCAUUAUCGCAACGGGGGCCAGCGCAAAACGACUCGGCCUCAAGGGCGAGGAGACCUACUGGCAAAGCGGUAUCAGUGCGUGCGCUGUCUGCGACGGUGCCGUACCUAUAUUCCGGAACAAGCCUCUCGCUGUGAUCGGUGGGGGCGAUUCGGCAGCGGAAGAAGCGACACAAUGUUUUCCCGAUUGCGUAGAUCUCACGAAAUACGGUUCACAUGUCUACGUUCUCGUCCGGCGUGCGGAGUUGCGCGCGUCUAAGAUUAUGGCGAAACGACUGCUCAAUAAUCCGAAAGUCACCAUCCUCUGGAACACGACCGCCGUCGAAUGCCAGGGCGACGGAGAUUUGCUUAACAACCUGAGAAUCAAGAACGUCCUGACGGGCGAGGAGAAGGACCUCCCUGUCAAUGGACUGUUCUACGCCAUCGGCCAUGAGCCAGCGACUGGUCUCGUCCGCGGUCAGCUGCAGACGGACUCCGACGGGUACAUCAUCACGGUGCCCGGCACGACCCAAACGAGUGUCAAGGGUGUCUUUGCUGCUGGUGAUGUACAAGACAAGCGAUAUCGCCAGGCGAUCACGAGUGCGGGCAGUGGGUGCAUGGCUGCGCUCGAGGCCGAGAGGCUGAUUGCUGAGGAGGAGGAGGGCGUCGAGGAUUAGGGCGAGACGAGCAUUCAUUCAGCAGCAUGUCUAUAGAUGUAUCUUCUACCAUUAGCUGUCCCACAUAGAGUGCAUUUCAUUAUCGAACACUGGUCGUUGCAUUA